UACGCAAUGUGCUGGAUUUUGCUGCUGGGUUGCCUUUUUUCGUGGCACCCACAUGCUACUGCCCAGUUUCUGGAGCCCAACUGCGGAUAUCUGUCACCGGAGGCGCUCCAAAAUCAGGGGCACAAGGCGCACAUAUCGGAGAGUCCUUGGAUGGCUUACUUGCACCACUUUGGCGAGUUUGUAUGUGGCGGCACUCUCAUAAACCCUCGAUUCAUCCUGACAGCCGCACAUUGCAUAAGCAAGGAUCAAAACUUGACCGUGCGACUCGGCGAGUUCAAUAGCUUGACUAGUGUUGACUGCAACGGCUCCGAUUGCAAUCCACCUGCAGAAGAUUUUCAAAUAGACCUGGCCUUCAGGCAUGGGGACUACUCCAGAAUCAGUAGGAUCCACGACAUUGGCAUUCUCCGACUGGCCAAGUCGGUGUUGUACAAAGUUCACAUCAAACCGAUAUGCCUGACUACGAACACUACCCUUCGGCUGCAGCUUGAAAGGCGCCACAGGCUGGUGGCCAGUGGCUGGGGUCGCAGUCCAUCUGAAUCCGCAAACCACAUGCUCAAGUCCAUUCGGGUGACCAGAGUGGCGUGGAGUGUGUGCAGCAACACGUACAGGGUUGGCCGCCAAGUGGGUCAGAUCUGCGUGAGUCACGAGUCCGGAGCGUCGUGCAGCGGCGACUCCGGAGGACCAAUGGGCCACGCGGUUCGCCACGACGGCCGAGUGCUCUUCGUUCAGGUCGGAAUCGUCAGCUAUGGCAACUGGGAGUGCUUAAGUCCCAGUGUUUUCACGGAUGUGAUGGAACACAUCGAUUGGAUCGUUGGGGUCGUUGAGAGCUAUUAA